AUGGAAGUUGGAGAAGUUAUUCAGUUUUAUGAUUCUGAUAAGCGGUUUCCUGCUUGGGGAUUUGGAGGAAUGAUACCCGGUAGUACCGUAUCUCACUGUUUUAAUCUGAAUGGGAAUCUAGCUAGCUAUGAGGUGGUAGGAGUUGAAGGCAUAAUGGAAGCUUAUGCUAAUGCUUUACACACAGGUUCCUUUCUACAGCCCAAGGAUGAUCCCGAUAGUGAAAUCUCCAAAGUAGUUCGAGCUAUAAGAAAAAAGUUGCAGCAGAUUAAGAUGCUUGAAACUAAGCAUUCUAAAGGACAUAUUCUCACUGCAAGGGUUAAAAACUUUCUAUAA